AUGGGCCAAACCAUUACGGUCUGGCAAAACGUACUUUCCAUCAUCAAUCGCCUGGUGGUUUGCGACCAUCGUCAAUUUGAUCCGCACUUUUGGUUUCGCACUCAACUCCACACUCGCACUUUCCUCUUCUAGCAUGCAGUUCUCCAACCUGCAGCUCCCCGCGUGGGCACGCAGCCUCAUUGUUGAAGCGUGGUUCGGCGACGACGUGGUCAUCGCGGCCCAACCCGAGCUCAAUCUCUUCACCGCAGCGCUCGCCGCACUACACUGGUGUAUCCAGACUCCAGCUCGACUCUGGGGCUGGGUCCUGCGAAAACUUCGAGCAGAUCCAGUUCAAAGCUGCAAACUAGACCUGCUCCCUGUUGCCCUACCAGCUGCGCUUCCGGUGCCACCUCAGCCCAUGGGCUUCAUCGACGACUUCGACGAUAUCAAGACGCAGCUCCAGCUGAUCCACGCGAUUGUGGACGAUCUCGCAUGCAACCCAAGAUGCCACUGCGUAGUUGAUAGUUCUCGUACAGGAAUCGCAGCUCGGGCUUCUACAGGCACAGAAAGAAAGAUGCUAGCCAACUAGUA